AUGGGAACGUUCACGUUGGCAUACUUCGUCCGAACUGUGUUCUGGGAUAAAAAAGGAUAUUGGUUAACAGUAUUCCCUGUGUACCAUUUCGGCCGUUGUUGGGAUAAUGCUGGCUAUGCGAAGGUUGAAAUGAUGAAGGUGGGACUUCGCACUUUUUGGUCAUCCAUACGGAGUUGUUAG